CCUUUUUCUACGUUACGAAAACCAUGCCUCGAAUGCUCGUUGUAACCCUUCUAUGUUGCAUGGCAAACGUGGUCCGACUUGUGUCCUGAAUCCGCCCAGCACCACCUGGUGUGUCCCUCUAGUGCCGAAGACGAAACGCGAGAGGCUGAAGUACCGAUAGACGUCACUGCCUGAGCAAAGAAACCGCUCUGCUGCGAACCAAUCAGCGACGCGCAGCCGGCCGAGCGGACCACUCAGAUUCCUCAACAGUCUGCAGCUGCUGCACAGACUAGAGGGUUAACUGGACAGGUGCGGCUGCCAAAACAUCGCGUCAAGCAGAGGCAAGUCAGGGCUCUCGCCGCGAUUCGGACAUGUGCAGCGGGCGGCUUUCUUAAAGGAUACCCAUCACAGUUCCCGCUGGAGGAAAGAAAACCAAAGACAUCAUUUCUAUCAAUUUACUGAGAUGGAAAAGGCCCCACUCCCUGGACCAAACGAUAUUGUAAUGACAGCAGCAAACACCUAUCCACAAGAACCUAUAACUCCACCAAGAACAAACCAUUCCUCUAUGAAGCCCAACCAAGUGGGUCAGGUUAUACUGUACGGAGUUCCAAUUGUAUCGUUAGUCAUUGACAGCCAAGAGAGAUUGUGCCUAGCGCAGAUCUCCAACACUCUCCUGAAGAACUACAGCUACAAUGAGAUCCAUAACAGGAGGGUGGCUUUGGGCAUCACUUGUGUUCAGUGCACGCCGGUACAGCUGGAAAUUCUGCGGAGAGCGGGAGCCAUGCCCAUCUCCUCGAGGAGAUGUGGCAUGAUCACAAAAAGAGAAGCCGAGAGACUUUGCAAGUCAUUCUUAGGGGAGAACUCACCUCCAAAGCUCCCUGAUAAUUUUGCUUUUGAUGUGAGCCAUGAAUGUGCUUGGGGAUGUAGAGGAAGCUUUAUUCCAGCUCGAUACAACAGCUCUCGGGCAAAGUGCAUCAAGUGCUCCUACUGCAAUAUGUACUUUUCUCCAAAUAAAUUCAUCUUCCACUCUCAUCGCACCCCAGAAGCUAAAUAUACUCAGCCCGAUGCUGCUAAUUUCAAUUCUUGGAGGCGUCACCUCAAAUUAACAGAUAAAACUCCACCUGAAGAUUUGGCUUUUGCUUGGGAGGAUGUGAAGGCCAUGUUUAAUGGAGGUAGUCGGAAGCGGGCCCUGCCCCAGGGGCAUUGUUCUUCUUUGAGCCAGGUUAAGGCUGUGGGUAGUGUACUACCACAUAUGAUAGCCCCCGAUUUGGCUCAGAAAAGGGCCAGAUUUGAAGAGGAUGAAGACGUCAAUGGAACUAGUUUAUCUCCUCGGAAAAAUCCCCGUAAUUACCCAGUCAUACCAGUUCCAAGCAAAAGCUUUGGAAUGUUACAGAAAUUUCCUGCAACAUCCUUAUUCCCGAACCCUUACACAUUUCCUGCUUUUAGUUUAUGUCAGAAAAAAGAUGACGGGGAAAGUGGUAAUGGACAGAAGCCAAGUGGACUAUCGGGACUUCUUUGGCCUGGGAGAAAGGAUGCUUUCUACCCACCCUUUUGUAUGUUUUGGCCACCUCGGACUCCCGGUGGUAUUCCUGUCCCUACUUACCUCCAGCCUCAACCCAACGCACUCACAUCUCUUACAGAAAAUGCCACUUUGAGGCAGGCGUUCCUAGACCUCUCUGACCAAAGUGAUGCAGCCAAUAUGGGCAAUCCCAGGGGAAACCUGUUUGAAAGUGACUGUCCUCCAGCAAACACCGAAGUCAGGACAUCUUCAGAUGGACGAUUGAAGCUCCUGGACAUGUCCUCCUUCCAGACAAGAAAGCCAAGUUAUCACUCUGCUUUUAGACCGGUGGUUAAAGAUGCAGAAAGCAUUGCCAAACUUCAUGGUAACCUUGAGGAAUUUGGGCCAGAUAGACACCUGUCCCCUGGUACCAGCUGUAGUUACCAGAGUGACAGUGCAGAUAGUGACGAGGAGCAGGAGGUGGACGUAGAGACCAACAAGCAGCAAGAAGAGGAGGACGACUUCGGCAGUGGCCAGUGUACCCAGGUUAGACUUCCUCCAGAAAGCAGAGACCAGAGGAGCAAAGAAAGGGUUCACUUUCCUGGUGCUACCGAUGAAAGCAAUGAAGACAAAACUGUCAACAGAGAGAAUUCACCGGCUAGCUUAAAAGACUCGCAAAGUCCUAGUCACGCCUCAGUGGAGGAGCCGAGCUACAAAGAUAGUCAUAAAAUCAGAGCGAAUACUCAAGCAGUUUUCACAACCAAAGAGAAUAGCAACUAUUCAGAAGAAUCUAAAGAGCAGAAUACUUUCUUCAUUACAGACACUGAGACAUCUGGACCUGAAUUCUGGAGAGAUACAUCAGGUGACUCAGGCCAAGAAGAACAUCCACCAGUCUCACUAAAAAAAGACGUGGAGAACAUGGAAAAAGAACAGCUCCAGAAAGUGUUGUUAGAGCAGAUAGACUUACGAAGGAGGCUGGAACAGGAAUUUCAUGUACUUAAGGGCUCGGCCACAUUUCCAGUUUUCAAUAACUUCCAAGACCAAAUGAAGAGGGAGCUGGCAUACAGAGAAGAAAUGGUACAGCAACUGCAAAUGAUUCCCUAUGCAAACUUGAUUAGGAAAGAGAAGCUUGGCACUCAUCUGAACAAGAGUUAAAAGGAAGCUUGGGACCCAUCUCUUGUAAAAAAAAAACAAACAAACAUCAUCAUCUGCCAGACUGAUGAACUUUGCAGUGUUUUUCUGGAAGAAACCACGUCAUACAGUAACCUGGGGUUUACCUCGCUAGACCCUGAACACAAGUGACCUCACGACAAUUCAUGGACCUCUAUGUGAUACAGCAACCUAGAAACGUUGCACAUGAAGACGAACACUUUUUUUGGAUAUUAAAAUAGCUUGGUGACUCCCUCUUCUUCCAAAAUGUAUAUAUUUAUUUUUUUUUUUCCUCUCUUAAAAGCAAAAACUUGUUGGGUUCCGUAACCAGUUGUAUAUUGUGGGAAAACUGUAGAUAUAUUUAAAAAAAAAUAUAAAUUUAGGCCUACCAAUGGGGCCUUUUUUUUUCGUUUUUGGUUUUGUUUUUCAGGCAAAUAGCUGUAAAGGGAAGAACAUUUUUGAUCAAAGACCUUACAACUACAGUAACACAGAGGAUUUAAAUUUAAAUCCAUGAUUCCAUAGGAAAUGCAUGGAAAGAAGCUGCAUCGCGGGCCCUUUUCAGGAUUACUACUUGCUGCUGAAACCAAGGGAACUGUCUCUAAGGAGACUUUUAACAAAUAUAUAAAAAUGGCGUUAUGGUGAACAACAAAUGUAUUUUGAAAUGUUCUUGUAGUUUCUUUUCCAUUUCAUGUGGAUUAAUAAACUGUAAAGUACGAUUCGGUCGAGAAGAAUGUUUGUUAAUUCUAUGGGGAUGAUGAGUGUAGCUGCGUCUGUCCAAGAUUUCCGGAAUUCUGCGGCUUCGGCUUGCUUCAUAGAAAGAUUCAGGCAGGCAGUGUGACGCGUAUGCAAAAUACCCCAGCCCAAGUAUCUUUGUUUUAAAAUUUGAAAUAAUUCAAAGUAA